AAAAAGUCGUGUGCGGGACAUAUAAUCGCGGAUUAAAUAUUUAUCUAAACCAGCUAAUAAUAUCAGUGCCUGAUAACAAUCUACACUGUUUUUCCUCAUGAUUUCAAUAUGAGUUUGUUCAGAUUACGGAAGUUUAUUGAGCGUAUAUUAGCUAUACUCGGGUAAAUAAUAUCCUCAUAAAAUGAUAACCAUAACAACAAAAAGUUUAUAUGAACUAUUAUUUCGUCGAUUCCCGGCAUUUAUAUAAAGAAAGUAGGCUGAUCAAUAUGUGUGAACACAGAUCAACGAGUGAAGAUGAAUUAAACCAAUCUGCCAAGUGGAUGACAUUCUUCGAUGAACCAACUUAUGAUAACUACCACAGAGAUCUGAGAAAUAUCAAGUACAGACUAAGUGAACAGUUUGAAUCAUUGGAAUUGAAAGCAUCUUUCAAACGUGGACCAACAAAUGAGUCUGUGGUACGGAAACCAACAUUUGAGGAAAAUGAAGAAAAUGUUCAAGAAAUGAGAAGAGUCCGAAAACGAAGAAAAAAAUGUUGCAAAUACCUGACAAUUCUGAUUAUUUUUAGUAUCAUAAUUGUAGCCGUGAUUACCGCAACAGUUAUGUCUGUAGUAUCAAAGCAAUCUUCUGUACUAGAAGAAACGUCUUCAUUAUCUAAGACGACGAAUUCUGUGGAGAAAGAAUCUGUAUCGUUUCUAGAUUCAGUGGGAUUCAAUAUUUCCUCUUUCACAACGACAACUCUGUCAUAUACUGAAAUCGUGAUAGAAUCUAAGGAACAGACAAUUAAAUCAUCAGUAAGCACCGAAGAACUGCAAAUGACCGUAUCACUGAUAUCUACAACAGAACUAACAUCUUUUCCGUCGUCCACAGAUACAGCACUAUCUGACGUAACAGCAUUAGAUUCUUCUUUGAUCGAAACACCUACGGCAUCGAUAUCAGAAUUAUCUUUUGACAUAUCACUGGUAUCCACAAUGACAAUGACAUCAGCAUUUUCUGACUUAGAAACAUCCACAUACUCAUUUGACAGUGCUAAACAGUCAACAUCUGGAAUAUCGACAGUCUUUUCUGGUGAUAUACACCCAACGACGCCAACCACACCCGACCCACAGUCUUCAACAUCACUUUCAUUUAUAUCUCACUUACAGGCAUCUACUGGGUCAGUUAGACAUACUGCUUCCCCAGACAUACAAUCAUCAGCAACAGCAGCAUCUGACACACAGUGGAUUUCGUCAAGCCAAACAGUGCUUGAAACAUUAACCGUGCCAGAAACAUUAACGCUGCUAUCAUCCACUGCUGAUGUGUCAAUAGUCACAUCUUUAUUAAGUACAGUAGCAUUAACUGAUCUACAGAUACUAAAUCCGUCUUCUGAACUAUUUGGGUCACAUUCGUUACCAAUGAUUUCAUCGGCAUUAGCAACACCACAAUCACUAGGAUUGGAACAAUCAGAAUUGUUAUUAUCACUGACGAUAUCCAAGACGGGUGUGCAAAUUCCUCCGUCUAUAUCAGUGACAUCAGCAUUAACUAAUCUACAAGAAAUUCCAUCCUCGUCUUUACCAUUUCUGUCGCCUUCGUUGUCAAUGAGUUCAAUGACAUCAUCAACACCAGAGUUGUUAUUAUCACUAACGAUAUCCGUGACUGAUGUGCAAACUACUCCAUUUAUAUCAGUGAAUUCUGCAUGGACUGAUCUACACGAACUUGCAUCCUCAUCUGAGCAAUUGGAACAAUCAUGGACUGUGUCAGAUUUACUAGUCCCUACAGGGAUACAAAUGAGUACAUCGUUAGUGAUGCCAUUACAAACAUCAUCACCUAUUUACCAAACAGCUUCAUCUGUUACACCAACUAAUGACAUCUAAACUACCUAACCUUAUGCUGUGCGUUCGCUUGACACAGAGAUGAACACCCCCUUCAAAUGCCAUUAGCCCAUUUUGAUAAUUUUCGCUAGCUUAUCUUCAAUCAAUCUGUGUAAAAGGCAAUAUUUGCAAUCUAUCUUUUAUUAAUUUGUUUUUAACUCGACAGGGUCUGUAUAGAGUAGAUCCAUUAGCAAAGAUUUCGGAAUGGUAUCUUUAUGGGCAGUACUUCAUCAAAUCGAGCAAAAUCGAUGCGAGCUGUGGGUCCCGACUCAUACUUACUGCAUACUAUA